AUGAAAGAAAGGGCGAGCACUCUUGUGUUUCAACCCCACUAUCACUAUACUUUGAAUUGUUGUGGGGCACUGUGUACUUACAGCCUCUACGAUAAGCAAGUGAAUGGGCCCUCUCGAUACCUUAUUGCAGCUUUGUUAGUAGUGGCCGUGGCCGCUUUCCCAUUGCUAGAGCCUUUUCCCAGUGCGCGGAGACCCAACGAGGAGGGGCGGGAAGAAGAUAAGAAAACGCGAAGCGUUCUAUUGGUUUCCCAACUUGUUGCUUCUAAAGGCUGCCCUCUCUCGGCUGGAUGCCUUUCCUUCAUGGGCUUACUUAGUGCUUGUGCUAAGGAGCAAGAAAACGGAUGCGCUAAGGUUGACGCUAGACCCAAACAAGCAACGGCGAGCCCCUAUCAGAGAAAGCCUUGGUCAAGCGUGCUAGCGCGCUUUACUUGGAAGUUCGCGCAUCCUCUUGCUGGGAGAGGGGCUAAUGCCACUCGACUGGUUGGAGAGGGGUGA